GUGGGCGCGGGUGGGGUCCGGAGUGCGCGUGCGCGCCGUAGCCCGAGCCGCGGGAGGAGGCGGGAGCUGUGGAGGCGGCGGAGGGGGCGGGUCGCGUCCGGCGCCACGUCCGCAGCCAGAGGCCGCGGCAGCCAACGGAGUCUCGGAGCUUCAGAGCUUGAGGAGGCGCCUCCGGAUCCCGCGACUGCCCCGGCUUGUGUCAACCGCCGCCGCUCCCUCUGUUCGGCCCCGGGCCCCCGUGCCGGCCCCCGACCCCGGCGGUUGUUGAAGAAGCUAACUAACAUGGGAGUGAGGAUGUGGCAAGUUCCCUAUACAUGAGUAAACAAAAACUGAGAGGGCAGGCGGAGAUAGGGAGAGAAAAGGAGAAAUACUUACAACACUGCUUCACUACAUGUGAAGCUCCCCUCACUCCUCACCUGCAGGAGGACGCCAGGAGCUUGAACCCAGGUCCUUACGCAUGGAAAUCAUGAAUCAGGCAGAUAAAAAUCAAGAAAUGCCAUCAUACCUUAGUGAUGAGCCACCAGAAGGUUCAAUGAAAGAUCACCCACAGCAGCAACCAGGCAUGUUGUCCCGUGUGACUGGGGGUAUCUUCAGUGUUACAAAGGGAGCUGUUGGUGCUACCAUUGGUGGUGUGGCUUGGAUUGGUGGAAAGAGUCUGGAGGUGACGAAAACAGCUGUUACAACUGUGCCUUCCAUGGGAUUAGGGCUGGUGAAAGGAGGCGUGUCUGCUGUGGCUGGAGGUGUUACAGCUGUUGGGUCUGCUGUUGUAAACAAAGUGCCCUUAACAGGAAAGAAAAAAGACAAAUCUGACUAAAAUAUGGAGAUACACUUGCUCUCCACAGCAUUAUGAUGCCAGUGGCAUUGAAUUGCUAAGUUAUGAACUAUAACCGAGUCACCUGUUGUGGACCUUUAUCUUCUAAACUGCUGUGUUGAAAGUAUUGAUGACUGGCUUUCAUCUAAAAAGAAGAGACCAAUACUAGCACAGUGUAUGAAGGUUACUCAUACUUAAGAUCCAGCUUUUUAUCUGGUAAAAUGUUACACAUGCUCAGUUGUAACAGAAGAUAUGGUAUAUUUGAGUAUUUACUAGAAGUCUUUCAGUUUAAAAAUGUGAAAGUUUAGUGGAUAAUUUCACAGUUCCAUAUGUAAAAUGUGCCAGGUAAUUCAUCAUCCCCUUAAGAAGGGAACUUUGAACUACAUAAACUGUACCUUUGAUGUGCCUAAUAGUUUCAGAUGUCUUUAGUUUUGUUUUUUUUAAACCCAUAGUUAUGUAGGCCAAGAGGCACUCUCUUCUUAUUUAAACUGGUAAAAGUAGCAGGAAUUAGGAGUUUGAAGAAAAUGUAAAUGGUUAUGAUACUAAGUGUUAAAACAUAUUUUGUUAGGUAUUCAUUAUGUUAAUCAUUGAUGCCUUACACAAAAAAAGACACCUUUUUUAAUACCCGCAAUAUGUGCAGUUCUUAGAAUUAUAUAUGAACUCUUAUUUUAAAGGCAUAGUUUUCCCCCUUAAGAAUCUCAGGAAUAGUGAGGUAAAGAGAUUUCUUGCUCUCAGUAGAUAGAAUAGUGCUUGUUAAUUAUCUGUAGUUAAAAUUAAAUCAUUAACUUCAUCCUGGGUUCAUGCCCCAUUGUUAAUACACCUCACAGUGCCUAAGGAACAUUUCUUUGCUAGUUAGAAACUAUGGUUGAAAAGCUUCAGAAUGAAGAGGAACAAAUAAAUAAUUUUAAACUUAUGAAUCACCUAAAGCACCCACAUAUUAAAAGAAUCCAUCACACUUAUUUUUAUCUUUAGGAUGGCUUAAAUUAUUAACAGUACUUCUUUACAAAAACAGUCAAUAAAACCACAAAUAUGUGAAGACUGACUUUUAAGUUGGAUGAACUGGGCUACUCAGAUUAGUUUAAUGUAAAGUAUGAUUGAGUGCUUUUAGUGGUUUAUAUAGGCAUUUGAAGUUAUCGUCAUCUUAUAGUCCUUUAAAGCAGCUGUAGACUUUGCACCAGUUUCCAAGUCAACUUCAAACAGGGAAUUAAGUUUUUUUUUUCUUUAUGGCUAAGUGUGUCAUGUCUUUGUAACAUGUUUUAUCAUGUCUCAUUCUAUUUUGAAGAAUAUCACUUGGAUGUAAUUCAUUUUUGUUUUAUGUUCAGUUUCAUAAAAAAUGAACAAAUAGCAUAUCCACUUGGCUUUGCUCUUAAAUUAGGGUUACACUUCUAGCCUGAAAAAAGGUGUUUUUUUUUUUUUUUUAACUUGUGUGUAUAUGUACACAAACUUGGGAGGGGAGGGGGCAGUAAAAUUAAUAAGUCAGAUAGCAUCCCUGGUAUUUUAAAACAGUUCCACCACUCAAGGUUUAAAUGUUCAUUUGUAAAUCAAGAAAAAUUUCACACUAAUAAUACGGAUCAACAAAUAGAUAAAUGUAUAACUUAACUUUUAAAAAAUUUCAUAAAAACCAGGAGGAAUUUUAAGCAAACCUGCAACCAUUCUUGACCUAUCCUGCUGUAGGAGUUUGUCAGAAAUUAAAUGGUUUAUUUCAUGCAGUAUGAUUUGAGAUAUAUUAUUUGUUGGCAUAUGUAGUUAAUAUUACCAAAGGAACUUAAGUAAAACCUCCAUAAUUGAUGAGCGCUAGAUCUAAAUAGUGGUAUAGGAGAACUUGUUAACUGCUAUUUGAGAGAAACUGUUGCAUCAUCACUUGCUUAUAUUUAUAAUUUAUCUUCUAUAGUCGUAGGUUCUAUGUAUUGUACUUGAAUUUCUAAAUAUAGGCUGUAGAUUAUUGUAAACCUCUAUUUCUUCCCAACUUUGCUUGUUUUUAAAAUUGCAAGGAAAAAUGAUGUAAUGAAUUUCUGCCACAGAAAAGCAACCAGGUAGAUUUUAUCUAGUUUGUUUAAAAUUCUAAACUAUAACCCUGUCCAAGAGAGGCAUAUGCAACGAUAGAAUGAAUUCUGCAAAUGAAUUAGUUUUAGGUUGUUGACCUUACUAUUUGAUAAUAUGCAGCUAUAGACUUGUUUUUUUCCAGUAUAUUUUCACAGACUAAUGAUUUUACCUGGUAAAUAGUACUAGUUCACUUCAAGAAACCAAGGAGACAUCUGUUAUGUAGGUUUUCUUUUGAGUGGGUAUUUGGCACAAUGAGGAUAAAGUUGUGAAUGACUUGAAUGACUGGUCUAAUAUUAUAUUGUUGGCAUUAUGUACUUAGUGAAAUGUCAGGUGAAAAUAACUGAUUACAUUUUUUUGUAUUAAAGGAAUGAGAAAAGAAAA